AUGGACCAUGGACCAAAUCCCAAUCACAUGUUUGACUUUAGCACGCCCACAACAAUGAAUCCGAUGGCAGCCAACGGCCACAACGACAUGAUGUCCCUCUACGACAACUCCAUGUUCACACAUUUCGAUGGCUUGCCAAUGCAUCUAGAUGGCCUCAACGAUAUGGCUACUGCCCCUCCUCCACCCCCACCAUUCCCUCCAGUUUCGGGAAACGCAAAUCCACAAGCUGUGCGCGUCCCAAAUGAUGCUGCGCAUUUUGCACCAAAUUCUGGCGACAGCCCAGUUCCCCUGCCAUCCGCAGGGAUCACCCCGAGCUUUCCUGCCCCCGCGCCUGUCCUACAGGGGGGGAGUACCCUAACCGAAUUCACCAAGAGGAGGAAUUGGCCUGCUAAGGUCGUUGAGGAGCUCAAAGACUUUCUACAGAUAUUAGAUGCCCAUGGACGAAUCAGAUAUGCUUCCCCCAGCGUUUUCUCCCUGACAGGUUACGAGGCCGGGGAACUCGUCGAUAAAUUUGUAAAGGAACUAAUUCAUCUUGACGAUGUGGGGACCUUUACCUCUGAAUUGAACGAAUCCAUAGCUACCGGGAACCCCUUGCGUAUGUUCUACCGUCUAAAGAAGAAAGACGGAAAUUAUGCCAUAUUCGAGUCCGUCGGGCACGCCCAUAUUGCUGCGGCCAAGUUCGCGCCUAACCCAGAAAACCAGUCGCCGUUUUGUCAAGCUGUGUUUAUGAUGUCACGGCCGUAUCCGACCAAAAACGCAUCCUUACUUGACUCGUUUUUAGAACACAAAAUCGAGAAUGAGAGAUUAAGGCGCCGAAUCGCAGAGCUUCGAAGGGAGGAGGAAGAUGAGGAAGCAUCACAACAAAGCUGGUUUGCCAGUCAAGAGGGUCGAUCGGAUAUUGCCGCUUCAGAGGAUACGAUUGUGACGUCUUCUCAAGGCCCUGCUAUAUUCAAUCAAACAAGUGUAGACUCGCAAGCUAUGCCGCCUCCAGAGAGACCUUCAGCACUGAAUAUCGCAUUAACGAGGGAGAACCUCGAGGGUGUGACAGCGGGUAGUCGGCCAGACUCCAUCAGAGACAAGAUGGCAAGAUACGAAGGCGCAUCGCACACCGACACGAUUGAAAUGUUGACCGGUUUGCGAUACGUCGAAGGAGAGCGGAGUCGCGGCAUCACUACAGGGAAUUCCAGUCCAACACUGAUUAAAGGUGAUGUCGGCAUUGCCAUACCCAUCGAUAGGGACCCUAGAACAGGAGAAAAGAAGAAGAAGCUCAAGGUUGCAGAAGAAUAUGUGUGCACCGACUGCGGAACACUUGAUUCUCCUGAAUGGAGAAAAGGGCCCCAAGGCCCCAAGACCCUUUGCAAUGCUUGCGGCCUACGAUGGGCAAAAAAAGAAAAGAAGAAGAAUGCCGGUGGCGGAGGUAACGGUGGUAACGUUGGCCUUCCACUGCCCAUCCCCGUUAUGGGGCAACAGUAA